AUGGACGACGAAGAUCCUGUGAGGCUCUUCAUGGCCCUCGAUCAGUGGCAAGGCCCUUCAAGCGACCCAGACGACUUUCCUCUCUCCUCGCAAGACUCGCAGUCUCUCUCUUCUUCCUCCGAUACAUACAUGCUCGGCUUCGUCAUAGCCAACAUAGUUGGAAUUCAAUACUAUUCAGGCACCAUCAGUGGCCGAGAAAUGGUGGGUCUUGUCCGCGAACCCCUUAAUCCGUACGAUUCCAACGCCAUCAAAGUCCUCAAUACCAGAACCUUUCAAGUGGGUCACAUUGAACGCACCGCGGCGGCCGCGCUAGCGCCGUUGAUUGACUCGAAUUUGAUUGCGGUGGAGGGCAUUGUUCCCAAUACGCGAGCUAAGGGCAACAGGUUUAAGAUUCCUUGUCAAGUUCACAUCUUUGCAAGAUUGGAAGAUUUCCUGUCCGUGGAGUGUGCAAUUUCGGAAUCUGGGUUACAGCUGAUUUCGGAUUCUCAUGCGUCAUUCACUCUCUCGGAGGCAGUGGUGGUCAAGGAGAAGAAGGCUGAGAAGGGAUGCAAGAGCGUGGAUGAGAUUUUCAAGUUGGUGGAUGAGAAUGCGAGCCAAAAUGGUGCUUUGGAAGCAUUGGAACCUCCAAAAGAAGUGAUCAAAUCGGAGCUUUUUGUCCACCAAAAAGAAGGCUUGGGAUGGUUGGUUCACAGAGAGAAUUCUGGUGAGUUGCCUCCCUUUUGGGAAGAGAAAGAUGGGUCUUUUGUGAAUGUGUUGACCAAUUACCACACUGAUAAGCGACCGGAGCCUCUAAGAGGUGGGAUUUUUGCGGACGAUAUGGGAUUGGGUAAGACUUUAACUUUGCUUUCUUUGAUUGGGUUUGAUAAAUAUGGUAGUGCUCUUCCUGCUUCAGUUGGUAGUGGCAGUGUCGAUGUAAUAAGCAUACUGGAUGAUAACGAAAUUGGUGAGGAUGAGGGGUUGUCUGUUUCUGUUGGUAAGAAGGGCAAGAGGGGUAGACCAAGUAAAACCGGGUCGCGAAAAAAAGACAAAACUGAGGACACCAAUGCUAGUAGCAAUAUGAAGGGCAAAUGUGUGAGUGCUAGUGAUAAGUCUUCUGGUGAUAUCAGUCGCAAGACGACAUUAAUUGUGUGCCCUCCUUCUGUUUUUUCUACUUGGGUAACACAACUAGGAGAACACACUAGGCCAGGGAGACUGAAGGUGUAUUUGUAUUAUGGUGAGAGGACUAGAGAUGCUGAGGAGCUUAAAAAGUAUGAUAUAGUGUUGACUACAUAUAGUAUUUUGGCUACCGAAAAUGCUUGGAUAACAUCCCCUGUAAAAGAGAUUGAGUGGUGGCGGGUGAUUUUGGAUGAGGCACACAUGAUUAAGAAUGUGAAUGCUCAACAAAGUCAAGUUGUCACUAAUUUGAAGGCUAAGCGAAGGUGGGCUGUUACGGGAACACCUAUCCAGAAUGGCUCUUUUGAUUUGUUUUCUUUGAUGGCUUUCUUGCGGUUUGAGCCUUUUUCAAUUAAGAGCUACUGGCAAAGCUUGGUGCAGCGCCCACUUGCUCAUGGCAACCCAAAGGGGCUCUCACGGCUGCAGGUUCUAAUGGCAACCAUCUCUUUGCGAAGAACAAAAGACAAGGGACUGAUUGGAUUGCCACCUAAAACUAUAGAGACUUGUUAUGUGGAACUGUCUGGUGAAGAACGUAAACUGUAUGAUCAGAUGGAAGGAGAAGCAAAGAGUGUUGUGCGGAAUUACUUUGAUGCUGGUAGUAUGAUGCGCAACUAUUCUACUGUACUUAGCAUAAUCUUACGACUUCGCCAGAUCUGUACUGAUUUGGCAUUGUGCCCUUCUGAUCUCAAAUCACUUCUCCCUUCGAACACUAUUGAAGAUGUAUCCAAGAACCCAGAGCUGCUGAAAAAGAUGCUGGAGGUGCUGCAAGAUGGUGAAGAUUUUGACUGUCCAAUUUGCAUUUCCCCACCAACUGAUAUUGUUAUCACUUGUUGUGCUCACAUUUUUUGCCAAGCUUGUAUUCUGAAAACACUUCAGCGCUCGAAACCCUGCUGCCCCCUUUGUCGGCGUCCUUUAUCACAGUCUAAUCUGUUCUCAGCUCCUCAAGCACCUUCUGACAGUGACAACAUGGUAUCCUCUAAAACAACCAUGUCUUCAAAAGUAUCUGCUCUGUUGAAACUUCUUAUUGCAUCAAGGGGUCAAAACCCACUUACAAAAUCAGUAGUGUUUUCCCAAUUUCGAAAGAUGCUGAUAUAUCUUGAAGAGCCACUGAAAGCAGCUGGUUUCAAGACUUUGCGCUUAGAUGGGUCUAUGAAUGCAAAUAAAAGGGCUCAAGUAAUCAAAGAGUUUGGGGUCACGGGACAAGAUGUGCCCACGAUUUUGCUUGCAAGUCUUAAGGCUUCAGGAACAGGUAUAAACCUCACAGCUGCAAGCAGAGUCUAUUUGUUGGAGCCAUGGUGGAACCCAGGAGUUGAGGAACAGGCAAUGGAUCGUGUUCACCGUAUUGGGCAGAAGGAGGAUGUGAAAAUUAUCAGGUUGAUUGCUCGAAACAGCAUUGAAGAGAGGAUAUUGGAGUUGCAGGAGAAAAAGAAGAAAUUUGCAAAGGAAGCUUUCGGAAGAAGGACGGCUAAGGAUCGGAGAAGGGACAUAGGAGUUGAUGAUCUUCUGGGUCUCAUGUCCCUGUGA